UAAUCUGAAAUUUUACUCGGAAAAGAAUCAAAAGUCUGAAAACAAUGGAGAAUGGGUUUGAUUAGCUUCAAAUCUUAAAUUCAACCCGUCAUCUCUAUUAGCUCUGCUUGCCACCCCCAAAAUACUCAAAAGUUCUCAUAAGAAAUGAAUUUGGGUCGGAGAUUACUGCAGCUACUAGAUUCAAGAGCAGCAGGAGGUAAUUAUUUUCACAAUUCAUUUAUACUGAAUCAUCAUAAUAUUGUGAGAUAUCAUUAUUAUGCUUCUGCUGAUGAUUAUAGUAUAUCACAACUUGAGCAUUUUGUGACGGAUGAGUGUAAAUCUGGAAGAAUCAGGAAUCUUGAUGAUGGGUUGAAAUACUUCGAUCAACUGAUUUCGGAGAGACCAUUACCAUCUAAUGAUACAUUUAAUCAUGUACUGGGGUCAUUAUCAAAGAUUAGAUGCUACUUAGAUGUCAUUUUGUUGUAUAAGAAGAUGAAUUUAGUUGGGGUUCAGCCAAGUAUUUAUACAUUGAGCAUUUUGAUAAAUUGCUGUUGUCGUUUAGGAAAAGUUGAUCAUGGGUUUUGUUUUCUUGGAGAGAUUAUUAAGAGAGGUCAUCAUCCUGACACUAUCACUUUCACUACACUCAUUAAAGGGUUGUGUCUACAAGGGAAGAUUGAUCAUGCAAUCAAAGUGUUCGACAGAAUGACUGAGAUGGGUAAUCAACCUGAUGCUGUUACAUGCAAUACGCUUAUACAUGGACUGUGUGGAACUGGUCAAGUGGAUCCUGCUCUCAAGUUAAUAAACAACAUGUUGAAAUGGAAUUGCAGACCAAAUGUUGUUUCAUAUAAUACCAUUUUAGAUACUCUUUGUAAAGGAGGUUUACUUGAUGAAGCUUUGGUUCUCUUCUCGGAAAUGCUCAACGAUUCGAAUGCUGUGCCCGAUGUAUUUCCUUACAGUAUUUUGAUUAACGGGUUUGGGAAUUCAGGCCGGUUAAAGGAGGCAAACAAACUCUUUGACGAGAUGGUUAGUAGAGGAAUGUAUGCAGAUGUAAAGCUUUAUACUUCUUUAGUUCACCUUCAUUGCCUACAUGGUCAACAGGAACAAGCAAGAAGAUACUUUGAUGAAAUGAUGGAUCAAGGGAUUCCACCCGAUAGGGUAACUUUUAGUAUCUUAAUAGAUUCAAUUGUAAAGAUGGGAUAACGGAAGAUGCUUGGGGGUUAUUUAAACUGAUGGACAAGAUAAACUUACAACCGGAUCAGAUUACUUAUAAUUCAAUGAUGGAUGGUCUGUGUUUAGUAGGUCGUUUGCAACAUGCGGUGAAACUGUUUGACUCGAUGAUAGAUAGGGGCAUUCAGCCAGAUGUUUUCUGUUGCAAUGUAUUAAUCAAUGGGUAUUGUAAGAAUUAUAAGUUGGAUGCAGCUGUGCAACUUUUCCAGAAAAUGAAACAAAAUGGAUUGAAACCCACAACAAUCACCUUCAGUAUAUUGUUAAGGGGAUUAUACCAGGAUGGAAGAAUGAAGACUGCUCAGAAGUUUCUUAAUGAGAUGCAAUCUUUUGGUCAAUCUCCAGAUGAAGUUACAUACGGUACAAUUUUGGAUGGUCUCUGCAAGAAUGGGAAAAUUAUGGAGGCAAUAGAAUUGUUUGAAUCCUUGGAGGGUACUGGUAUCUUAAUUGAUACUCAGAUGUACAAUAUUCUUAUUCAUGGUUUUUGUCAGGCUGGUAAAUUGGAAGAUGCAAUGGAACUGUUUAAUGAGAUUCCAGAAAAGGGAUAGCUCCUAGUGUAGUAACGUAUACCACUAUGAUAAAUGGCUUAUUUGACAACAGGAUGUUCUUGGAGGCUAACAAAUUGAUCAUCGAAAUGGAAGAGAAAGGUUUUUUAUCGGA